GUGUAGGACGCGUCAAAUUAAUUCUAGCAAACGCCGGACUCCAUGGGAUAACUCCAAUUUGCUUUUAUCGGAUGAAGAUCGCUCUGGUGCCAUUGUACCUUGCAAGUCACUUGUCUCCAAAAAAAGAUUGAAGGGGGCGCGCUGCACUCGGAGAUUUUAAGAGGUCUAUUUUUCCUCUUCUGGGGCUCAUUCCUCCCGUUCCCCUUCCUUCUCUGCUUUCGCUCGGACGCAUUCAGCCAUUCGAAGGGGCGCCUAUAUUUCCCGGCACCUCGAAACAUAUAGGCAAAUGGGUAAGCCCGCGUAACCAUCGGCAUGCUUCACUGGCAGGGACCUUAUUCAAGCGUAUCAAGACUCACUACGCCUGCGUACAGACAAUAAUAAGCAUUUGUUUUACCUUUUGUAAUUUUUUUCCCUUCAAGUUCAGAUAAUGAGCAAUAGAAGAGUGUUUCUUUUCGACGACAGUAUGUCAAGUUUAAAUCGUGGGGGAUUUUUCCAGCUCUGUCAAGGCAGGCAAUGUUUAAGGCUUUAAAUCUUAAAUGGAACCACACCGCCAAUUACACCAUGAAUAGUGUGUCUCCGAAGAGCUCUCGAGUGUCAAUUCCUCAUGCUCGCCAUUUUUUAUGUUGCGGGUGGUUUUUUUGUUGUAGUUGUUGUGUACUCGGGGAUGGCGGAGGGGAAACUAAUAUAGUCAAAUAGUGUACACACUUUUGUUGGUUACCAACCAGAGGUUACCAGUAGGCUGACACAUGUUAAAGUCACUUUAUGGUGUAAAUUGCAGGAGCUGGCCUGUGUCAAACUGAUACAGGAUGCACAUUUUAAAGUUGCUUCCUAAUAAUAAAUAGACAUAAUUAUUUUAUGAAAUUACAUUGUGUGGCAGAGUAGGAAAAGUCCAUUACAAUGACAACAUGAGGCUAUUUUAUUUCCUUAUCAGAAAUGCAUGUAUAGGCCUACUCACUUCAUGCUGCGUAAAUGUGUGCCUUGUGUCUCCAUUGUCCUGCAGAGCAAAACUAUGGAGAGGUGAACCAGUUGGGCGGCGUGUUCGUCAAUGGGCGACCCCUGCCCAACGCCAUACGGUUGAGAAUAGUGGAGCUGGCUCAGCUCGGGAUCAGACCCUGCGACAUCAGCCGGCAACUCCGAGUCUCGCACGGCUGCGUGAGCAAGAUUUUGGCGAGGUACAACGAGACCGGCUCCAUCUUACCCGGAGCCAUCGGUGGGAGCAAACCACGGGUCACGACGCCUAACGUGGUGAAAAACAUUAGGGAAUACAAACAAGGCGACCCCGGGAUCUUUGCCUGGGAGAUCCGGGACAGGCUUUUAGCAGAUGGAGUUUGUGACAAGUAUAACGUCCCGUCGGUCAGCUCGAUCAGCAGGAUUUUACGCAACAAGAUUGGAAAUCUCUCCCAGCCCAACCAGUAUGAGAGCAGUAAGCAAGCCUCCGCGCAGGCCGGGCUCUCCUACAACCACAUAUACCCUUAUUCCUACCCCAACAUGUCCCCCACUGGCACUAAAAUGGGCAGCCCUGGAGUACCGAUGACGGGUGGACAUAUGAGCAUAUCCAGGGCCUGGCCCUCUGCACACACCGUCAGCAACAUCCUCGGUAUACGAGCCUUCAUGGAUCCUGCAGCCAUUGCUGGGAUGGAGGGAUAUCCACCAAAAAUGGAAGAGUGGAGUAGCGUCAACAGAGCCGCUUUCCCCGGGGCACACUCGGUCAACGGGAUCGACAAAUCGGCAAUCGACGCCGACAUAAAAUACGCUCAGCCCUCCUCGACACUGUCCAGUUAUGUCUCGGCGUGUGCUUACUCUCCCACCAACCAGUACGGGGUGUACAGUGGGCCAGCAGGCGGCUACGUGGCCCCGGGCCACCACCACUGGCAGCCGCAGAGCCCGGUCCUGUCCCACCCGGGCGGUGGGAUGACUAGCAUGCAUGCAGGGGAGAUCCACUCGCCGAUGAGCUUCAAGCAUCAGGCAAGAGAGGGAGACAGAAAACCGCCCAAUCCCCUGAGCAAGCAGCAGCAGCAGCUGCAACAUGAAGACUUGAACAGUGUGCAUGGACUCAAUCUCCCUACCUCAUCAUCAUAACCAGGACUUAUACCACCUUAAUUACCAGACCCAAAUUAACUGAACUCAUUUCUACGACUCCAACAGUAAGUCUGAACACUAACGGCUUGUUUCCCGAGUGUUUGCAGCUCACAGUCAUACACACAGGCCCAUUCACAUGCAAUAUGAAUACAGUAGCUUUAUCGGCCUAAGUGGCCAAAUGAAUGUAAGCUUUCAUGGAUGUAUCGGUGUUACCCCUCUAAUAUUUUCUCAAUUGAAAUGUUGUGAGACUGUAUUCUCUUAUGGAGACUGCAGGAUUGAAAAAAAAAAUGUUGUCACUGUCAUUGAAGUUUUAUUAUAAAAACCCAAGGGCUAUUCUGUAAUCCGCCAUAUAUUAUAUUAUCUUAAUUUGUGGCCAUGAUAUCGAGUUCCACACUGACUCAACCAUGUGAGCAAAGAGAUAAAUUGUCUAAAUGUAAAAUAUUUGCCAAAGCUUUAAUUAUAUAUUUUUAUAAUUCCAUUGUAAAUA